UCCCUGGGUUUUUGUUGUAGUGGUGGCUGUAACUGUAGCUUGUUCUAUAAAUGCUGGACAGUGUCCAGGCAUAGAGCCUCUUUGCCCUGCCCUCAGGCCUCUUCUGCUCGUGGAUCUCGGUGCAGAGGAACGCCUCUUCUGUGUCUGUGACAGGGAGAAUUAUUCAAGAGAUGCGGGUUCACUUGCCCUGUGUAGGGGCUUAUCUUGGGCUAAGCUGAGGGACUAAUAGCAAAGCCAGCCUCCGCUCCAGCCGGUCUGAGGGCACAGGGAGCCAUCUGUCCACUCUGUGGAUCACCAACACUGGGGGCAAACACAGAAAAAGGACUACAAAGUAAAUGAACAUUCAUUUUUGGACAUAAAAGAAAUACAGACGAGGAGCGGAUACUGUAAGAGUGUUUACGUCAAAGGUGUGGAAAACCCAGAGGAUGUCUGACAAGGAAGAAAUGGCUUUAGAUGGGAGUCUGAAUGUGACACUGACGCUGAGAUUGCUGAUGCAUGGAAAGGAAGUUGGCAGCAUAAUUGGGAAGAAAGGAGAAACCGUGAAGAAAAUGAGAGAGGAGAGUGGUGCUCGUAUCAACAUAUCAGAGGGGUCAUCUCCUGAGAGGAUAGUUACCAUCACAGGACCCACAGAAGGCAUCUUCAAAGCUUUCGCCAUGAUUGCAGAGAAGUUUGAAGAGGACAUUACUGCAGCAAUGACUAACAGCAACGUGACAAGCAAACCACCUGUGACACUGCGUCUGGUUUUCCCAGGGAGCCAGUGUGGCUCACUGAUUGGCAAAGGAGGCUCAAAGAUCAAAGAGAUCAGAGAGACCACAGGCGCUCAGGUUCAGGUGGCAGGAGACAUGCUGCCAGACUCCACAGAGAGGGCUGUCACAAUCUCCGGCACUCCGCAGGCCAUCACUCAGUGUGUAAGACACAUCUGCUCUGUCAUGCUGGAGUCUCCGCCAAAAGGAGCGACUAUUCCCUACCGUCCUAAGGUCAUACCUACAGGAGCCCAUGCAGUAUUAGCACCACAGCACACUGCACAAGCCUUUGCAAUUCCAGGGCAGUAUGCAUUUGCACAUCAAGAUUUGACCAAGCUUCACCAGUUGGCUAUGCAGCAUAUCCCCUUCCCUUCCCUUGGGCAGAGCAACCCUACCUUCCCUGGGUUGGAUGCAUCUGCUGCCACAAGUUCACAAGAGCUGGCAAUACCUAAUGAUUUUAUUGGCUGCAUAAUUGGAAGACAAGGCAGCAAGAUCAAUGAGAUUCGCCAGGUCUCUGGAGCUCACAUCAAAAUUGCCAGCGCCACUGAUGGCUCAGCCAUGCGCCAAGUCACGAUCACAGGCUCACCGGCCAGCAUCAGCGUGGCCCACUACCUCAUCAAUGCCAGCCUAGAGAUGGCUAAAUACACCAUGCAGGUCGCUUCCUCAACGACCCAAGCUGACCUCAACAUGAGCUUCGCUCAGUCUGCUCCUACUGCCUCCACUGCUGCUACCUCUAUGGCUAUGCUGGCGGCCACAACCCCAGCCCCAACCACCCUUAGCGUCCACUCUCCUUCCACCUUACAACACAUCCAAAACCCACACUAUGCCGUACCCAUUUCCAGCCUUCUUGGCAUGAAAACUCUCCCUGUCCUGGCUGUGCAUCCAGCCGCUGCUUCCAGCCUAACACAGGGUUUAUCUCCUUUCACCACAAAAAUGACUGGCGUCAAAAAGUCUGACCGCCAGAAGUUUGCACCUUAUUGAGCUCUGCUUUUCAAGUCUCGUCAGUGUGGCCGACGAGUAAGACAUGAUCAAAAUACGGGAUGACAAAUUAUUUAUCAACAACAUACAAUCGGUGUAAAAAUACCUUACAGCAGUGUGUGUGUACGUUUUGCCCAGUUGGCGAACCCACCACUCAUUGGUUUGUGAACUGCUGUUUAAAAGCCUUGAGAUUGGCAGUUUGGCCAAAGCCAUCUUGAGAUCAUAUUUGGAUGAGAGGGUGCAGGAGCUGGGAGAGACGUGGCGAGUAGCUCUUACUGAGAGCCGGAAGACUGACAGGUUACCAUGCAUGAUAUCCACUGUCAAUCACACCAUAGCCAUGCCCUAAGGCAUACUCACCUUUAUUCUUUAAUUCUAAAUAGGACCAUCAUUUAAAAACUGGACAUCAUGUUGCAUUGAAGAAAAGCAUUGAGACCAGGAACUCCUCAGGAAAAUGUUAUAAAACAUUGUAAAUCAGAGAAUUCUGGACCUAUUUUCAUAGACUUUAUUAAAAAGGGACUUCUUUUGGGUUCAGUGGAGUCACCCCUUGAUGGCCAUUCAAGAGAAUACAGGUUGUAGCAAGUAAUUAAGUAAUUAAAAGACUCUGAAAAGAUAAAAGAAUGGAAACAAACUGCAUAUAAACUCAGUAUUAUGUCACGGACCCGCAUAAGAAUUACUUUGGAUUUCUCAGGCUUAUAUUAGAUUCAUAGGAUUUUUUUUUUUGGUCAAAUGGAUUUAUGUAACAGAGGUUUAUAUAAGGACUUAAACCAGGAGAUGUUUUCCAUGAUGCAAAUACUGACUUAGUUUUCUAUCUGUGUAAGUAGUUUACAACCAGUUUUUGUUAGAAAAUGCAUUCAAAUACCAUAAGACAUGGUGCUUUGUUGGCAGCAGGCUAUUAAGACAUUUGUCGUGUACAAUAGAAAUUAGUGUGUUUAUUGUUAUUAUUUUUUUAAUAAGGAUUGCUCCACUUUUCUGUCAUGUUCCCCCCUUUCCUUCACUAUAGGCUCACAUCAGUGCAAACAAACUUGGGUGUUCUGUAGUAGCGCUGCUCUGUUGCAAUGCUGAUGGGAUUAUCCUUAAAGCCACAUUGGAUUCCAGUGGAUUUUACUCUACACGGUAAUCCUGUAGAGGGGGACUGGUCUAACUCACUCAUUUUUGGUUUCUGUAUUUUAGCGAACUUUUCUUGUUUAUUCUCCGCUGUAAAUGAGUGGAACACUUUAACUUUCAGCACCUGAAAUAAAUGCUGAGCAGUUACUGUAAUAAAUGUAUAAUGCAUGUGUGGGUUUUACCUGCUGACGAUGAUAUGACUGAAAUAAAUGCGACUUUAUUUGAAUGCA